AUGCCCGCAUCGUUGAUCGGGUUUGCCAUGUUCAAGGCUCUUUCGCGUUUUCUGGUCCUCCCAUUUACACCUGUGGAGAACGUUCUAGUGCAGACUGUGGCAGGUGCUGUUGGAACCAUGCCACUAGGUCUGGGAUUUGUCGGAGUGAUACCGAGCUUGGAAUUCCUCCUGAAGACGAGUGAAGGUGCACCAAUAGAUCUGUCUCUAUGGAGACUCUUCGUCUGGGGAGUUGGUCUCUGUUUAUUCGGUGUCGUCUUUGGCGUCCCAUUAAGGAAGCAAGUAAUCAUACGUGAGCGCUUAAAAUUCCCUAGUGGCACAGCUACCGCUCUCAUGAUCAGCGUCCUCCAUGGAGGAGCCAAAAGUGACGAGGCCAAAGACCGAGAAAUCCCAACACAAGGCACAGAAGAGCGCGAAAAUUUGCUCAGAGAAAGCGAAAGAGAUGAGACCGCCGGACCUGCUGAUGAACGUGAUGUGCGAGGCGAUUGGAAGAAGCAGAUGCGGCUCCUGCUUCUCGCUUUCUCGGGUUCUGGAGCAUACACUUUCAUCCAGUAUUUCCUCCCUAUCCUGCAUAGAUUGCCCAUCUUCGGCACGUACCUUGCCAACACGUGGGUUUGGACCUUGAAUCCAUCACCAGCCUAUGUCGGUCAAGGUAUCAUCAUGGGUCCGGCCACGACGUUCCACAUGCUCCUUGGAGCGGUCAUUGGUUGGGGGAUCUUGAGCCCAAUCGCGAAGCAGAAAGGAUGGGCACCAGGUCCAGUUGAUGACUGGGAAACAGGAAGCAAAGGAUGGAUCGUCUGGGUCAGUUUGGCAAUCAUGUUGGCCGACGCCGUGGUGAACCUGGGCUGGCUGGUCCUGCGACCGACGAUCAAGUAUGGUCCUGUAUGGGCCAGAUCAGGCAAAGAGCACUUUGAGAACAGCUCGUCCUGGUACGAGGUCUUCCUUGGUAGCCAUAUCGCCGGCCACAUCGUUCCCAAUGGGUCUUCACGGGCACGAACUCAGCGCAAAUCGCCAUCCAAGCCUGCAGACGCUUCCGAUGGCCCUCCUGACGACGCACCACCACACCACCUAAUCUCUGACCGCACCGUCGCCUUUCUCCUACCCCUCACACUUAUCCUCUGUGUUGUUUGUAUCCACAUCACCUUCGGUGGCUACAUUCCCAUCGGCCUCAACAUCCUAGCCAUCCUCCUGGCCCUGGUAUUGUCUAUCAUGGGAGUACGCGCGCUUGGCGAGACAGACCUCAACCCUGUCUCUGGCAUCUCCAAGCUCACCCAGCUUGUGUUCGCACUCGUCACGCCGACAGGGAAACUCGGCAACCACGCCAUUGUGAUCAAUCUGCUUGCUGGCGCUGUCAGCGAGGCGGGCGCGCUGCAAGCCGGCGACAUCCUUCAAGACCUGAAAGCCGGGCAUCUGAUCGGUGCAAGUCCCAAAGCUCAAUUCUAUGGCCAGAUCAUUGGCAGCAUCAUAGGCGCGUUUGUCUCGGCGGCCGUCUACAAGCUCUAUGUAUCUGUAUAUGAAGUCCCGGGCGAGCUCUUCCAGAUGCCGACAGCAUACGUCUGGAUCUUCACUGCCCGCUUGGUCACAGGCAAGGGUCUUCCACCCAUGGCAUGGCAGUUUGCCCUGGUAGCUGGCGCAAUCUUCGUCUUGACGACGUCUUUGCGCAUAUAUUUACUCGCCUACCAUGACGCAAAGCCCUGGUUUCGCACUUUGCAUCCGUGGAUACCCGGCGGCAUCGCGGUCGCUGUGGGUAUGUACAACACGCCGAGCUUCACGCUGGCCCGAACCGUUGGCGGCGCCAUUACUCUCUGGUGGGUCAACUGGAAGCAACGGGGUGAGACGAAGGUCAUUGUGUUGGCGAGCGGGCUCAUCCUCGGUGAAGGUGUGGUGAGUAUUGUCAAUCUCCUCUUGGCUAGUUUGAGAGUGCCACACCUGUGA